UGUUGGUGUGACGCCACACGGAGCUGUCAGCAACAGGUCCUCGGACCAGCAGCGCCGCCAAACUUCGGCUUUUCUCCCACGUUCGCUCCUCUUUUCGGAUACCGAGCCUCCGCGGUGGGUCUGGAGAACCUCACGGAAGUGUCGGGUUGUGAGUUUAGAGCCCUGUGAAGUUCAGAAGCGGUGGUGUUUAUGGGCCGUGGUCCCAGAGAUGGCUGCGAGCAGUAGCUGAGAUCGCCACCGGGAGUUCCCUCUCUGCCUGUCUCUGCCACCUGCAAAAAUGAAUGGUGGUCCAAGCAUAUGGGCAGUCACUCCUGGGGAGAGGGACAAACACGAUCAGAAGUUUGACACCCUCUCCCCAACAAUGGGCUACGUCACAGGGGAGCAGGCAAGGAAGUUUUUCCUCCAGUCAGGGCUACCUGCUUCAGUUUUGGCCGAGAUAUGGUCUUUGGCUGAUAUGAACAAAGAUGGAAAGAUGGACAGGUUGGAGUUUUCCAUCGCUAUGAAGCUCGUAAAGCUAAAACUCCAGGGUACGCCGCUCCCCUCAGCACUGCCAAUCAUCAUGAAGCAGCCCCCAAUGCCUGUUCUCAGCCUCAAUAACCCCUCCUCAUCCAUGACCAACCCUGCCUAUGGUAUUGGGUCGAUGUCAAACAUGUCCAUGAUGCCUGGGUCAAACCUUAGCAUGUUAACCCCUUUCUCCUUGGCAACCCCUGGACUCUCACCUUUGACACCAAUGACAGGCCUCACCACUUUGGGUCCUAUGGCAACAGGCCUGAGCCCUCUCAUAGCCUCCUCCAACACCAGACCCCUGUUGCCCUCCAUGGGAAAUGUCACAAUGCCAAAUGGCACCAUGGGAAUUCUCCAUCCAAUGCCAACUGGACCUUUGGCAACUGGUCUUCCUCAAUCUCUCUCCAACUACUCCUCUCCACUAGGAAUGUCUUCUUCUCCUGCUGGUAUGAACAAGGCCUCAUCAUUGCUGGACCUUGGAUCUAGCAGUUUGUCCUUUAGCUCCGCUUCCUCAUCCCCCUCUGUGAUGUCACCCAUGGUUGCUGGUCCCAGUGACUGGGCCGUGCCACAUGCCUCUAGACUUAAAUACAGACAGCAGUUCAACGGUCUGGAUAAACAGAUGACUGGACACCUCACUGGUCAGCAGGUGAGAGGUGCCAUGGCAACCACGAUGCUGACUCAGACACAGCUGGCCUCCAUCUGGACUUUAGCAGAUGUGGAUAAGGAUGGCAAGCUGAAAGCUGAGGAGUUUAUUCUGGCAAUGCAUCUAGUUGACAUGGCAAAGACCGGCCUCCCACUGCCGCUCAUUCUACCAAGUGAGCUGGUGCCCCCCUCACAGAGGGCGUUGAAUGGAUCAAGCUCUUCUCUCUAUUCAUCUCUGACUGAGGACUUCGACAUCGAACCUCCACAGAAAGUCCAGAGCAACCUGUCAUUUGAGGAUAGAUUCAAAGCCAACCUGGAGCGAGGGAACGCAGAACUGGAGAAAAGACGACUGGCGUUGCAGGAAGCCGAGAGGAGGGAGCUUGAGCGGCGUGCUCAAAAGGAGAGAGUUGAGCGAGAAAAGAGAGAGCGGGAAGCCUGGGAGGUAGAGGAGAGGAGGCGCAAAGAAGAAGAGAAAAGGUUGGAGCGACAGAAGGAGCUCGAGAGGCAGAAAGAAGAAGAGCGACUGAGGGAGAUAGAAAGAAAAGAGGCUGCACAGCGGGAGCUUGAGCGGCAGAGGAAGGAGGAGUGGGAGAGAAGGAAGAAAGGAGAGCUCCAGAUAAAGAAGGAGCAGGAGCAGGAUGAUAUCAUCAGACUGAAAGCAAAGAAGAGGAGUCUGGAGAUGGAGCUGGAGGCUGUGGGUAACAAGCAUCGUCAGAUCUCAGACCGGCUGCGUGACAUUCAUAAUAAGAAUAAGCUUCAGAGGACGGAGUUGGAUCUCACCAAUCAAAGGAAAGAGUCACGCCAACAGGACAUUAACAGCAUACACAAACAGCUAGAGGAGUUCCAGAGGAAGUUGUCCCAGCUGACUCCAGAGCAGAAGAGACUCAAAGAGAAACUCAAUAACAUGACUCUGAAUAACCUGCCUGUCUCAUCCGUGGCCACCAUGAAGGUGUGCGUUUCUGAGAAGAAAGGGACGUGUAUGAAACUGCAAGAUCAUCUGCAAACUCUGGAGAAAGAGACUGCUGCCAAACUGACUGAGAUGGAACAUUAUAAUAAAGAUAUGCAGGAACUGAGAGAAAGCCAGAGGAAGCAACAGGUGUCAUUAGAGAAACUACGGAGCGUCAAAGAGGACAAACGACGUGAGCUGAUUCGAAGGAAGGAGCAGGAAGAGGAGAGGAAACGACAGGAGGAGGAGAGGAGGCGGAGAGAUGAGGAGGAAGCUCAAAGACGUAUUAAGAUGGAAAAGGAGCGUCAGUGGCAGGAGAAGCUGAAGAUGGAUGAAGAGGAGCGUCAGAGGAAACUCCAGGUGGAGAAGGAGGCCAAACAGAGGGAGGAGGAGGAGAGGGAGAGACAGGCGUUGAUCAGAGCUGCAAAAGACCAGGCAGAGCGAGAGUUCAGAGCAAAAGAGGAGGCAGAGCGCAAGAAACGAGAGGAGGAGAGAAGGAAAAGAGAACAUGAGGAGAGGAAGAAAAAAGAAGACGAGGAGCGUCAGAGGCAGGUGGAGAGACAGAGGCAGGAGGAGGAGAGGAGAAAGCUGGAGGAGGAAAGGAGAAAGCUAGAGGAAGAAAGGAGGAAACUGGAGGAAGAGCGAAAAAAAGAGGAGAAGAGAAGGAAAGAUGAGGAGGAGCGGAAGAGGUUAGAGGCGGAAAGGAGAGAGGAGGAGCGCAGGAGGGAAAGGGAGGAGGAGGAGAGGAGGAGUAAGAGGGCGGCUGAGGCUGCUGUCCGAGAUUCAGAGGAUAGGAAAAAGCAUGAGGAGGAGGAGAGAAAGAGGAGAGAGGAGGAGGACAGGCGAAAGAAGGAUGAAGAGAGGAGAAGGCUGCAGCAGGAGCAGCAGGAGGAGGAGAAGAGGAGGCGUGAGGAGGAAAGAAAGAGGGGGGAUGAGGAGAGGAGUAGAAAGAAGGAGGAAGAGGAAAGGAGGAAAGCCGAGGAGGAAAGAAAGAGGAAGGAGGAGGCAUCUCGUCAGCAGCAGCAGCCGAGUGGAGUAGGGAAGCUGGAUAUUCAGGAGAAACUGACAAAUCUGCUGAGAGGACUGGAGGAGAGGAAAGGUGGACAACCCAGGGCCACACAUCACAGGAAAUCAGCUGCUCUCACUUCCUUUAAAGCGCUUUACACGUUCACUGCUCGAAACAACGAAGAGCUCAGCUUCAAUGCAGAGGAUAUCAUUGAGGUUGAUGAGACGACCGAGCGGGAGGAGGGUUGGCUGUAUGGCAGCAAACUAGGGAAGAUGGGUUGGUUCCCAGAGAGCUACGUCGAGAGAGGGACCCCUUCAAACGCUUCUAAUAAUACUGUUGCUUCUGCUGCUGCUGCUGCUGCUGUUCCAACUAAAGUGCCGCUCCAGUCACAGCUUUCCAAUGUGCUUGAGGCUGCCAAAGCAGCAGGCACCAAGUCUGCCUUCACACCAACACACUCUCCAAACCUUGCACCCUUGGAGACACAAGGACAGCUGGUGGGAGGAAACCUGCUCGCCCAGGCCCUGUGUUCGUGGACAGCAAAGACGGACAACCAUCUGAACUUCAACAAGGACGAUGUCAUUCAGGUGCUGGAGCAGCAGGAGAACUGGUGGCUGGGAGAGCUGAACGGGGAAAGGGGCUGGUUCCCGAAGACAUACGUGACCCUGCUGGGAGAAGAGGAGAGUUCAGACCUAAAGAGUUCCCCUCCUGAUGCUUCAGAUUCCAGUGACGGUCUGCAGCCUGAAGAAUAUUUGGCGUUGUACACCUAUGAGUCUCCAGAGCGUGGCGAUUUAACCUUUAAAGAAGGGGACAUGAUCUUGGUGAGCAAGAGAGACGGAGAGUGGUGGAGCGGCUCGAUAGGCGACCGCAUGGGAGUGUUCCCCAGCAACUAUGUCAAACCCAAAGAGACAGAUACAUUGAGCAUAUCUGCAAAGAAGAAGCAAGAGAUUGGCCAAGUGAUCAAGGCCCACCCCUCUACUAGCCCUGAGCAGCUAAAUCUGGAAAACGGCCAGCUCGUCCUCGUCCUUGGAAAGAACACGAAUGGCUGGUGGCUCGGAGAACUACAGGCCCGUGGUAAAAAGAGAGCGAAGGGCUGGUUCCCUUCUUCUAACAUCAAAAUAUUGGGAUCCAACAGUGGAAAGUCCACACCAGCUCCCCAGCCAGUCUGUCAGGUGAUUGCCAUAUAUGACUACACUGCCGCCAACGGGGACGAAAUGAGCUUCUCUAAAAGUCAACUGAUCAACGUCAUGGACAAGAGCAACCCUGAUUGGUGGAAAGGAGAGAUCAACGGGGUCACUGGCCUGUUCCCUACCAAUUACGUUAAGAUGACCACAGCAGACUGCGACCCCAGCCAGCAGUGGUGUGCAGACCUGAACAGCCUGGACUCAAUGAGCCCUCAGGAGAAGAAGAGACAGGGUUACAUCCACGAGCUGAUACAGACCGAGGAGAGAUACGUGGAGGACUUGAAUAUAGUGCUGGAGGUUUUCCAAAGGCCUAUGUCAGAGUCAGGCCGGGUAAAUGAUGCAGAGAUGUCCAUGCUCUUUGUCAACUGGAAAGAACUGCUGGCCUGCAACACCAAACUUCUCAAGGCUCUGCGUGUCCGUAAAAAGACGGGUGGGGACAACAUGCCUGUGCAGAUGAUUGGUGAUAUACUGGCUGCGGAGCUGUCCCACAUGCAGCCUUACAUCCGUUUCUGCUCCUGCCAAAUCAACGGAGCCACGCUGCUCCAGAAUCGCACCGACAACGAGCCGGACUUCAAGACCUUCCUCAAGAAAAUCGCCACAGACUACAGGUGUAAGGGAAUGCCUCUGUCCAGCUUCCUGCUAAAACCCAUGCAGAGGAUCACACGUUACCCACUGCACAUCAAAAAUAUCCUGGAGUGCACUGCAGAGGGCCAUGCUGAUCGAGAUCCUCUGAGAGAGGCGCUGGAGCGAGCGGAGGAACUCUGUCAACAGGUGAACGAGGGCGUUCGAGAGCAGGAGAACUCUGACAGACUGGAAUGGAUUCAGACCCACGUACAAUGUGAUGGUGCUGCAGAGAACCUGGUCUUUAACUCUCUUACCAACUGUUUAGGCCCCAGGAAGUUACUCCACAGUGGUAAGAUGUUUAAGGCAAAGAGCAACAAGGAGCUGUGGUCUUUCCUCUUCAAAGACUUCCUGCUGCUGACGUAUGCAGCGAAACAGUUCACCUCUUCUGGGCCCGAUAAACUGUUCAGCAACAAGAACAAUGCACAACUCAAGAUGUACAAACCGCCUGUGCUGUUAAAUGAAGUUCUGGUGAAGCUUCCUGAUCCUUCCAGUGACGAGCCCAUUUUCCACAUCUCACACAUUGAUAGAGUCUACAUCCUCAGGACUGACAACAUCAAUGAACGGACGGCGUGGGUUCAGAAGAUCAAGGCUGCGUCUGAAGAGUUUAUUGAGACGGAAAAGAGAAAAAGGGAAAAAGCUUAUCAAGCUCGGUCUGUGAAGACAAGUGGAAUUGGCAGACUCCUCGUGACCAUCUUAGAAGCCACUGAGCUCAAGGCCGGAAAACCAAACGGUAAAAGUAACCCUUACUGUGAAGUGACCAUGGGAGCUCAGAUCUUCACGUCGAGGACGCUGACCGACACGCUGAACCCCAAGUGGAACUUCAACUGUCAGUUUCACAUCAGAGAUAUUUACCAGGACGUCCUCUGCAUCACCGUCUUUGAAAGAGACCAGUUUUCACCUGAUGUUUUCCUGGGUCGGACCGAGGUUCCCGUAGCAACCAUUAAAAAGGAGUUGGAGAACAAGGGACCAGUGACGCGACGUCUUCUGCUGCACGAGGUUCCCACAGGGGAAGUGUGGGUCCGCCUCGACCUGCAGCUCUUCAGCGGCAAAUAGUCGCAUGUAGACUGAACUGAAAUAAGAAACCAUGUCUUCUAUCAAGACAUCCGAAUGAGGAGAACAUACCAAAUAAGAAAAGCUGCUCUUUCUUUCCGGUUCCUGCAUCGACCAACACACCCCUGAAAACUGUUUCACACAGAGGCCUUAAUAUUUGAAUAUCAACCAGCACUAAUGAUAAUAAUAAUACCUCUUCUUAUGUUGUCUGAAUCUUCCAAUCGGAAUUAGAGCUGUAUAAUUAUCGCUUAAUGAUGACGUCAGAUGGAAAGGGAAGCUCAGUCAGUGCAGGAGUUUGCACCUUUAUGAUAUUUACACAUAAAAAGAACUAAAGCCUGUUUUCUCAGACAGCUGAGACAGGAUGUCCUGAAGCUUGCUCUAGGUCCUCAACUGUAAUGAUUUAAAAUAUCAGAGGAAGUUAAAGAGCAAUUAACAAAGCAAUAAAACCAUAAAUAUAAAGGUUCCUCGUCUCUACUCUAGAAUCACCCAGCGAGAUUUUAAAUUUUUCAGUCACUGACACACAGUUUACCAAUUUCGUUCAGUGGAAGUUAAAGUAGCUAGUGUUUCUCUUGACUUUCAGGAUAUGGGUUAGUCCAAGAUGAACAGAUUGUGACCGGCUUCCAUGACAACACUUGUUAUCAUCACUGACUGUAAACUGUCUGGUCUCAGUGGCAUUAAGGGCAUCUUCACCAGCAGAUGGCAGCAUAGAAAUACAUUGGACAAAGUGACAAUGAAGAUUUUUGUCAGUGGCUCUGAUCUGGAGUCAGUUUACCACUGUAGACAGAAGAUCUCAGGAUGUGUUGUUCUGGGAUGAGUCACUGUAACCUUUUGUUUUUAGUGUGUGUUUGUGUGUGUGUGUGUGUGGUGUAAAAGCAUAGAGAUGCUUAACAAAUGGCUAAGGGCUCUUGACAUGCUGCAGCUUUUGGAGUUGAUUUUUAACUUCAGGCCUUUUGUCAUAUUUGAACUAAAAUCUUUUAAUCUCACUGGGAUGAUCAUCUCUUUUGGAUAGAUGUUUUUUUGUUUGCUUUUUCUUCAGCUAAGGCCAAGUUAUUUAUCCAAGUGUGUGUGUGUGUGUGUAAAGUAAUCUAGAUGGAAGGAGGAAUAAAAAGCUGUAAUGAUUUUUUUUUCACCUCGAACUCCUCCACCUCUUCUUGCUUUACUUUUCUGUGUAGAGGCUUUUAAGGAUGUCUGUGUUUUGAGGUGACACAGACUGGCGGAUUAUGUUUGUCAGCACUAAUGAACAGUAUUUGCUCUCUUGUAUUUUCGCUCUUUACAUUUUGACCCUGCUAGAUUUACUCUCAUCACCCUGCAGACACAUCCAACAUUAAGACCAUACAAGGAUAUGAUGUGUAGAAGCUGUAUAAUUAUGUUUAAGGUUGACUUUUUUGGUGUCUUCUGCUUUCUCUCUUGCUCUUUGCAUCCUGUUUAUUUUCCCACUCUGAGCGCCCGCUGGUGCUCUGAAUAUUAACGAGAAAGUGUCGUAUUUAUUUCUUAAUUUAUGCAUGUGUGACUUCCAAAGGUUCGGAGCAGCUCUGUGUGCUGUGUCAUUUUGGACCAGUUGGAAUCCACUGGGUUUGUUUGAUCACGUUUGACAGCAGAUAUUAAAAAUGUUCAUCUGCGGUUGAGUUUUACUGUACGUAGACUAGGUCACUAGUCUUUGUCAACCCUGCUGUUUCCUGCUCUCAUUCUGUUCAUUUGUCUUAUUCAAUCAACAAAUCUGUUUUUUAAUCUUGAAUUGAUAUUGAUAUUUUCUGUUUGAGGAUAAUGUGCAAAGAGACUAGUCUACCUUCUUAGUGUGUGUCGGGGUGUUCUAAGUUUGUCUUUGCUUUUUAUUUUCCGCAGCCUUCUACAUUGACUGCUGCUGUGCUAACUGAGUUUAUGGCCUGUCGAACUCAGACUGGAGUCUGUUACCUGCUGUUUGUACUCACUUUGGCCUCUGUGGCACUCUCUCUAUUCAGGGUUUCUUAAGUCAAAUUAAAGGCAUUAAAAGUG